UACCCAAAAAACUAGUUUCGAGAAAAAUGCAAAAUAAAAAAAACUUGUAGAAGAAUUUUUUUUCCGCUUAUACGUAAGUAUAGGUAUACCAUAUCAUAAUAUAACUUUAUGUUAAAAAAACAAAAAAUUUUUUUUUUUAAUGCAUAGGUCUCCAAAAAACCUGGUUUUUCAGAGACUUCCAGACCUUUGAUGGUUCUGAUUUUUAUAGCACACAUAGAGGGGACCUUGAUACACCUUUACACGAAAACAAAAAAAAGAAUCGAAAAAAAAAUUUUUUGGCUCUGGAAAGGGGGGGUGCCCUUAAAAAAGAAAGAAAACUUAAUUUAAAUUUUCUUUAUAGAUUCAAAUAAUAAAACAAAACGACAAUUUUUUGUUUAUUUCUAUGGAAAAUAUCUUGAAUAUUCAUGGUUAUCAACUCGUUCAUUGCUAAAAUAUGCUGGCUUAAAUAAUUUUAUUCAAAAUGCUGAAACAGCCGUUCGACAAGCUUCAACAAAAUCAGAAAAAUUAGAAUUAGCUAAUCGAUAUCAAUUAAAAGUUUCAAUGAAAAAACGUGUACAAUGGGAUGAAGCUAUUGAAUUAGCAGAUCAUGCAUUAACAAUGACAAAAGAUGAUCGAAUUAAACAAUUCAGUGUUUUAUUAAACGAUGUUAAAGUUAAUAAAAAAAAAUCAAAGAAUGAUAUACUUCGUCGAAAAGUUUCUGUUGAUAAAAAUGAUGAUUUAGAAACAAUAUCAAAUAAACAUCCUAAGCGAAUACGUUUAGUAUCAUCACUUUCUUCUGAAUUACCUGAUGUAAUAAAUACAGUAGAAAAAUCUUCUCAACCAUCAGUUCAGAUUCAAAACGAAAUAAUACAAUCGGAUAAUGGUAACCAGGUAGAUUUACAACCAAUGAAGAAGAAACGAGGUCGAAAGCCAAAAUCUGCUUUAAAAAUAGACGAACAAGAUGACAAAACAUCAAAUUUAUCAGUAAGAUUUUCGAAAUUUCUCUCACGUUAAAUUCCCUUUCAUCGACUAACUCAUAACAAUUGAAUAAAAUAUGAAGAAGUAUUAUGCUAAAUUCUUUUUUCAAAUAUAUUAUACUUUCUUGUUUUGGAAUAGAGACUCUUUCUUUUUUGGUUUCAAAAAAAUACUGUUCUAGUGAUUCUUGGUAGCUCUCUAUUCAAAACAACAUGCGUUUUUUAGAAUACCUUCGAUAUUUUUAUUUGAAGGACAAAACCUAAAAAGAUGUCCAACCCAAACAGUGUCGUAAAAACAAAAUUUCAGCUCAAUUGAACAUAGCAUAUCAGAGACGCGAAAGCAAAAAUUAGGCAUUUGUGAUUGCAUUAUCUUAUAGAAGAUAAUAUCCAGGAAUUUUGAGCCUACGAAAACUUUUGCUGUACUCAUCACAAUCUACUUACCUUUGAAAACUUCAAACUUUUUUAAUAAGUCAUUCUCUAGAAAGAGGUGAUAUCGUUAAUUUAACCCUUUACCCCCCAUGGAGGUUCCAGAAGAGCCACUGAUAAAAUAACUUUAUUAAUACAGUACUACCCUCGCUAGUAUG